UAGGGCGGGGCCAGGUGGUGGAGAGCUUUGAAAGUCAGGAGGAGUAUUUUGUGUUCACGAGACCGGUUGUGACUGAGGAGGCGAGCACCAGAGUUUUGGACCAUUUGGAGUCUAUGGAGGGAAUGAGAGGGGAUGCCAGUGAGGAGGUAGUUGCAAUAGUCUAGACGGGAAGAGAUGAAGGCGUGGAUAAGGGAUUCAGCAGCAGGAGGGGACAGGCAGUGUCUGAUUAAUGCGACUCGGCAGAGUUGGAAGCAGGAGGAUUCACCAGACAUUAAAAAGGUCUGGUUAACUGUGGUAAAAGAUUUAUUAUUUGUGAGCUGUGCUUUUCUAAACUUGCAGGUCCAAAUGUUUUCUUGGUCAGCAUCCUAUGAGAUGCCAUUGCCUUAGUCACAGUAUGUUAUGUCAGUUAUCUUGAAGGUAUAGGCUUUUCUGUUAGAUGCAUACAGACAGCCCAGGCUGGCAGGCUGACCAAGUGCAAUCUUUAAAAGACCACAGUCUGAAAUGUAGGAGUGAUCAAGCAAGCUACUGAUGGCUGUGUUGUGUUCUCUCUCAUUCAGCCGAAAUAAAUCAACUACAAUGCUUGACUCUGACAAGAAGUUUUAAUUGUUUGACUCUCGCAAGAUAAUUUCCAAGAUAUUAACCGUUAAUGAAGGGAAAUAAGUCGUAAGGAACAUUCCUAAUAAUAUAUGGUAAUUGCAGAUCAAAUGUGCCGUCUAAGCUUCUCUUUCUCCUAUCCACUUUCAUACACUCCUUUUUUUUAUUUCUCCAGACCUCAUGAUACCGAGACUGAAACUAUGGAGGUAGCAUACAAAGUCUUUAAUGACCCCAUCCACGGACACAUUGAACUCCACCCGCUGCUGGUCAAAAUCAUAGACACACCUCAAUUCCAAAGACUGAGGAACAUCAAGCAGCUCGGAGGGGCAUACUACGUUUUCCCCGGAGCAUCUCAUAAUCGCUUCGAGCAUUCCAUUGGAGUUGGGUACCUGGCUGGAGAGCUUGCUAAAUCUCUGCAAAAGAAACAGCCUAAGGAUGAACUGAAGAUCACUGAGAGAGACAUCCUCUGUGUUCAAAUCGCUGGCCUCUGCCAUGAUCUGGGACACGGACCUUUCUCUCAUCUGUUUGAUGGGAUGUUCAUUCCUGAAGCACGUAAACGUCAAGGUCAAGAUUUGAAAGAUAAAAAAAAAUGGACGCACGAGAAGGCAUCGCUAGACAUGUUAAACCAUCUGAUUACUGUUAACAACCUGAAGCCGGUGAUGGUGGAGAACGGGCUGGAGCUGCCAAAGGACCUCAACUUCAUCGAGGAGCUGAUCUUUGGGAAAAGGACCGACCCUAGUGAUUCAACAAAAAAGUUGCCAUACGUAGGCCGUCCAGAGCAGCCUUACCUGUACGAGAUCGUAUCCAACAAAAGGAACAGCAUCGAUGUGGACAAAUUUGAUUACUUUGCAAGAGACUGCCAUCACCUGGGCAUCAAGAAUAACUUUGACCACGACCGCUUCAUCAAGUUCGCCAGGGUGUUUAAGGUGGACGGGGAGGAGCAAAUCUGUACCAGGGACAAGGAAGUGGGCAAUCUGUAUGACUUCUUCCACACAAGAAACUGUCUCCACAGAAGAGCUUACCAGCACAAAGUAAAAAACUGUGUUGAGGUCAUGAUCACAGACGCCUUUUUAUUGGCAGACGAACACCUGAAAUUGUCCAAAGCUAUAGAUGACAUGGUGGCAUACACCAAGCUGACUGACAACGUCUUCGAACAGAUCUUCCUUCCUACCUCGAGGGAGCUGGAUAAGGCCAGUACGAAGGAGGAUCUGGAGGAUCUGAAUAAGGCCAGGGAGAUCCUAACGAACAUCAGCAGUCGUUGCCUCCUCAAGUGUGUGGGCCAGUUCUAUUCAGCAUAUCCAGCUGACAUCGAGGAUAUGCAUCUGCAUUUGCUAGAUGACCAGAAAAAUCCACUGGCCAUUAAACUGUUGCCAGAACACCUCAAAGUUAUCAAGAUGGACUAUGGCAAGAACACAGAGAAUCCCAUUGAUCACGUCAGUUUUUACCGCAAGGGAGACAAGGAGGCCUUCAAGAUCUCCAGGGGCCAGGUGUCCACGCUCAUCCCAAGACACUUUCAGGAGUGGUUGCUACAGGUGUACUGUACGGAGACUGAUGAGAAGAUUCUGGCACUGGCCAGGAAAAAAUUUGAACAGUUGUGCCAAACUGUGACAAGCAAAAAGGUGCCCACGCCCAUCCCAGGAAAAUUUAAGGAGUGGUUUCUACAGGUGUACAACGGUACUACGGAGACUGAUGAGAAGACCCAGACGAUGGCCAGGGACUUCUAUGAACUUUGGCUCAAAACUUUGACAAGCGAGUAG